AGACGUGUUGCAAUCCUUUCAGGCCAAGUGAACCGAGGAGCUGUGACAUUACACCAGGCACCUAUGUGAGGAGAUUGGACUGUGGCAACUCACCAUGGCAUAUGGCCUGCCAAGAAAGAAUACGGUGAAAACCAUUUUGCGGGGCAGUUGUUACGAGGUACAGGAAGCAUGGGAUCUUGCACUACUUACAAAGACUUUCUACACGAACCUAGCCAACAUGAAGUUGCCUUUCUUGGGAGAGAUUAAAUUUGGGAAUCCUCUAAAGCUCACAAGAUAUAAAACCAUGAAGGAUGGCCUGCUCAUUUCAGCAGAAUCCCUCAAACUUGAAAGGGAGUGUGAACUGAAGCGCCUAAAUAAACAUAAAUGCCAAGAGACCACAUCUCGGGAACUGCAGCUUUUGCUAAGGGAAAGGCAAACUGGUUUGAGGAGACCUCUUCCCCCUAUGGCGUCCCUCACCCUCAGAUCUGUGCUCCGCUCUCUGCAGCCGACCGGGAGGGAGGUCUCUGAAGCUUUCACUGUGUGGAGUUCAGUGCGGACAAACAGACGCCCACUGGUUGCCCGGCCCGGUGGCCAUCGAUGUGGGGGUAGUGGACAGCUCUUGCGGAUCUUCUUUGAUCCCCGCCGUGGCCCUUGUUCCUUUUUGUCGCGAGAGCAAACAGCAUUGUAA